UUCGGCAGAGGCCUCGGCGCAGACUGGGCGGAGCUUCCGGGUAGAGCGGCGUCCUACGAAACCGGUGAGUGCGCGGGUAGAGGUCCUCGCGGAGCCAAGGAUAUUGAAUAAUACAUUAAAGGGAAAAAUGGAUGAAGAACCUGAAAGAACUAAGCGAUGGGAAGGAGGCUAUGAAAGGACGUGGGAGAUUCUUAAAGAAGAUGAAUCGGGAUCACUUAAAGCUACGAUAGAAGACAUUCUCUUCAAAGCAAAGAGAAAAAGAGUAUUUGAGCACCAUGGACAAGUUCGACUUGGAAUGAUGCGUCAUCUUUAUGUGGUAGUAGAUGGAUCAAGAACAAUGGAAGACCAAGACUUAAAGCCAAAUAGACUGACUUGUACUUUAAAGUUGUUGGAAUACUUCGUAGAAGAAUAUUUUGAUCAAAAUCCUAUUAGUCAGAUUGGAAUAAUUGUAACAAAGAGUAAAAGAGCUGAAAAACUGACUGAACUCUCAGGAAACCCAAGGAAACAUAUAACAUCUUUGAAGAAAGCUGUAGAUAUGACCUGCCAUGGAGAACCAUCUCUCUAUAACUCCUUAAGCAUGGCUAUGCAAACUCUAAAACACAUGCCUGGACAUACAAGUAGAGAAGUCCUAAUCAUCUUUAGCAGCCUCACAACUUGUGAUCCAUCUAAUAUCUAUGAUCUAAUCAAGACCCUAAAGGCAGCUAAAAUAAGAGUGUCUGUUAUCGGAUUGUCUGCAGAGGUUCGGGUUUGCACUGUACUUGCUCGUGAAACUGGUGGCACAUACCAUGUUAUUUUAGAUGAAAGCCAUUACAAAGAAUUGCUGACACAUCAUGUUAGUCCUCCACCUGCUAGCUCAAGUUCUGAAUGUUCACUUAUUCGCAUGGGAUUUCCUCAGCAUACCAUUGCUUCUCUGUCUGAUCAAGACGCAAAACCCUCUUUCAGCAUGGCGCACUUGGAUAGCAACACUGAGCCAGGACUUACAUUAGGAGGAUACUUCUGCCCACAGUGUCGGGCCAAGUACUGUGAGCUUCCAGUUGAAUGUAAAAUCUGUGGUCUCACUUUGGUGUCUGCUCCACAUUUGGCUCGGUCCUACCAUCAUUUAUUUCCUUUGGAUGCUUUUCAAGAAAUUCCUCUAGAAGAACAUAAUGGAGAAAAAUUUUGUUAUGGAUGUCAGGGGGAAUUGAAAGACCAACAUGUCUAUGUUUGUGCUGUGUGCCAAAAUGUUUUCUGUGUGGACUGUGAUGUUUUUGUUCACGACUCUCUUCAUUGUUGUCCUGGCUGUAUUCAUAAGAUUCCAACUUCCUCAAAUAUUUGAUUCUAGCAUUUGGUACACAUUAUAUGUGUUAAAAGGACAUUUGCAAUUGUUAAUAAAAUGAUUCUUCAGAAGAAACUCCAGUUAAAAUGUGAAGACUAGUUUGAAAGGAAAAUCUGACUUAAACUUUUUGCUAAGAAAAUGUAGGAUUGGGGCGCCUGGCUUGGUCAUUUGGAAGAGCAUGAGACCCUUGAUCUCAGGGUUAUGAGUUCGAGCGCCACGAUGAAUUGCUU